ACAGAGGCCGAAAUGGAUAAGUGCAGUGGUGGUGAAGAUAGCACAGCAGUGAGCGCGUCCAGCCGGGCAGCAGCUGGCAGAUGAAGGCUUUAGCCGCGGGCCAGAUGAGCACCACGAAGCAGGGCGGAGAGAGGCAACUAGUGGAGUUUGAGAAGUGUCGUCUGAGUGGAGAAAUUGGUCUCAGCUUCUCUCAUCUGUCACUGGCCCUGCUCCUGUCUCCUCAUCUCAAACAGCAGUACUAUUCAACCUAUUUAGAAAUAUUUGAGAAAUGGAGUCAAAAGGCUGAAGACAGUCAUGGUUUAUCACAAGUGAUGACUCUAUAUGAGGUUGCCCUGAAUCACUAUCCAGAGUCUCCUGAUCUACACUACUUACUGGCUGCAACACUUUACAGACAUGGCAGUGUACAUGAAGCCUGGAACCAUGCCUGUCUGGCUGAGGCAAAGUGUCCCAGAGAUCCUUGUGCCCAGGACAUUCAGGGCAGACUGGCAAACUGCUUGGUGGACCGCUGGCACCUACCUAUGCUCAAUGAUGCAGGCAGGAAUGCAGCCUUCAGAAUGGCCAUUACUGAGGCUGUAAGAGAAGGUUACAACACAGUAUUGGACAUUGGUUCUGGUACAGGUCUACUCAGUAUUUAUGCUCUCUGGGCUGGAGCUAAAGAAGUAUAUGCCUGUGAGGAAGACACUUUCAUGAGUGAAAUAUGUUCCUCAGUGCUGCAGAUGAAUAGGAAUGCUACUGCCAUCCAGAUUUUGAAUAAGCACAGCAAGGAUAUUCUUAUUCCUUCUGACAUUCCACAAAAAGUUUCCUUGGUUGUGAGUGAAACUGUGGAUGCUGGUUUGUUUGGAGAACAUAUUUUAUCAACUCUCCAACAUGCCUGGCAACACCUCCUUCUCCCUCCUCAAAAGUCAGAAAAUGAUAAAACUACUGCAGGAGUCAUUCAGACACAACUUUCUCCUUGUGACACCUCUCAAGCAUCUGGUGAACAGUUAUGCAAGUACUGGCAAAGAGAUGAUUCAAGUAGACAGGAAGAUGAUUCAACAGACUCAGUGACUAAUCUAGACCAUAUUAAUGUUGCAAAAGGAAAAAUUACAUCUCAAGAAUAUGGACGAGUAAUUCCUGCAAGAGCUGAAGUAUAUGUUGCCCUUAUCAGCUGUAGCUAUGUAGCCAAGCAGACAAAGUAUUUAAAUUCUGAUAUUGAAUGCCUGAAAAAUAAAUAUGUAAAUGUUAGACUUGAAGAACCUUACAUGUCUGAGAAAUUAAGCUGUGUUCCUGGUGGCUUUAAACUUUUGUCUGAGUGGAUUCAAGUAACCACUGUUGACUUUAACUCCUUAAAUGAUAUUACAAACCACCUUACUGGAGAAGUUAGCAAAAUUAUUAAUUUUAAAUGCAUAGAAGAUGGGACUGUAGAUGCUAUAGUUCUUGCAUUUAAUUUAUAUUUAGAUGAAAAGAACUGCAUAAGAACUUUUCCAGACUCUGUGAUCCAAACAGUGUGGGAAAAUGCAGUGUAUCCUGUGGUCUAUCCACUCAGUAUUGCUUCUGAAGAUACUGUCACACUUGACUUUCAGUGCUGUGGUGUCAUAAGAUUGGCUGUGCAAAAUCCAACUUUUUCAUGCUCUUCUGGCUAUGACUCUGUGAACCUAAGCACAAAUGCACUAAGAUUUCUUAAUAGCAGGAGUUUUGUUGAUGAAUUUCUGUCAGCUGCACAUCAAGUAUUCUUUAAGGUUCAGCAGUGUAAAAAUAAGAACAAAAGUUCAAAUAAUCAUCCCUUGAUUAUAUGUGACACGUUACCAUUUCCUGUAGCAGGAUUGUGCUUGCAAUCAUUACAGCCAGACUCUCAGUUAUAUGUGGAAGAUGAAGCCAUUCAGAAAGUGUUGCAAGAAUUAGGCAUUGCUGUUAAAUUGUAUGAAGAGAUACAAGAAGAGACUCUGGAUGUAUUGUUUAUCUGGCCUUUGACGGAAGAAGGCACACUCAUCGAUGGAAUUAUGGAAAAGGCUCAAUCAUAUAGUUUGCUGAUGGCAAAGGACAGCAUAGUGUUCCCACAAGAACUUGAACUUGUGAUGGACAUUUUCAACUCCCCUGUGUUGGAAGCUUGUACCCACAUCAGUGAUGAUAACACCUGUGGGGUUGCGGUGGCCAGGGUCUUCAACAUGGUACAGGGAAUACAGUGUCAGUGACAGCAGUGGAAGCAGCUUGAAGCAGUAGUUGCCAUGCCAAUGAGACUUUUGAAAAUAUAUGCUCAUAUAUUACCUGCCAUGGGUUGUCCCACAUAGUAGAAAGGUCAUUUUGGUUAAUAUGGUCAUAUUGUUGAUUACAUCACUCAGUUUUUUUUUUUUUAUACAGUAAAACUUCCAUUCUAUAAGUCAGAAUUCCAUGUAAGUCAGGAAGGCAAAAAAUAUUCAGUUGAAAAAUUUGUUAAAAAAGAAGAUUUCUGCUGAUUUUUUAAGUGAUCACCAUGCUGACUAAACUGAAUUGAGCCAGAGCAAACAGCAUAACUUGUGCAGUAAUAUUACUGCAUGAUGCUGGUAAGCGAUGCUGGUUCCAGUUUAAGGUCCCUUAUCCCUGUUAUCAGAAAUGGACUGAUAACAAGGAUAAGGGAAGAUGGAAGGGGAAGCUCUGGAGGGAGAAAGGGAAUGAAGUUGAAGAUAAGGUGCCUUCAGGAGGGAUCUGCUAAGAUUUUGAGGAUAUUACACAUAAGUCUGUAUUUCAUUCAGUAAGUUGGCAAAGGUCAAGCCCCUUUUAUGCUGAUUUGUGGGGGUUUUACUGUACUUGAUACAACCAAAAAUAAAGAUAUUGUGAUGAAUUCAAAGAACUGCUCCAUCAUAGUUGUAACAUUUUACUUGAGAUUUUUUACACCACCUAUUAAAUUAGUACUACAAUAAAGUUUGAACAAGAUGCUGUAUUCAGAUCUUUCAUAAAAUGUCACUUAUGCAAGGCACAUAACUGUUAUAGAAACAAAUUUGCAUCAUCCCUCAAGUGCCCUGAUGGUUCUUAUAGUCCACCAAGGAGGCAUGGUGAGGAAUAAGGGGCGAGAUCCUGCUGGCUCACAUUAUUGCCAUCAUCUGAUCAUCACCAGUGUGGCCACUCCUAUUAUUAAUUCCAUUGCUAUAAAGAUUCCCUCCUCUUAUUCUCACUGUAGUUCACUUUCUCUCUCUCAUUGCAGUUACAGCCUUAGACUAAGUGAGAGACAUGCCGCCUUAAGCCACUAUUCAAUCAGCAGUGAUAUUACAAAAGUAACUUAGGCUCCAGGUGUAAGAUGUGACUGAACCAACUAUGGUUAUUAGCUAU